AGUGGGAGUAGGAGACGGAGAGGAAAGGGCAUUUCAAGAGUGCAGUAAUUUGGCACCAAAGUCAGGUAAAGGGGGAAAAAUGGAACUGAAACUAUUGCUAAGGCAGGUGGGCUUGAUAGUCCGUGCCAUCCUGACAUUCCUCUUUGCCCUGGUGGUGCUUGGGGUGAUGGUGUGGGCCUAUGUCCAGGGCUUCCAGCUGGCCACCUCCCCAUAUGGCAUCAUCUCCUUCGGCUUCUACGGCCUCCUGCUGGGGCUCCAUGUCCUGGUCCAGAGCCUGUUUGCCUUCGUGGAGCACCGCCGCAUGAGGGCCCGGAGCAAGGCCUGCACCUUCACCAAGACCAUUGGCUUCACUAUCUCAGCCUACCAGGAGGACCCAGAAUACCUGCGCGAGUGCCUCAACUCCAUUCGGGCCCUCAAGUACCCUCCAGAGCUGCUGCGGGUCAUAAUGGUGGUGGAUGGGAACUCGGAGGACGACAUCUACAUGCUGGAGAUGUUUAGGGAGGUGUUUGCAGACCAGGACCCUGGCUGUUACGUGUGGAGGAAUAACUACCACACAUGGGACCCCACCCAGACCCAGAAGGCGGGAAUCCUCGAGAGGAGGGAGGUGGAGGAUCUGAUCAACAGCAGGAGGUGUGUGUGCAUCAUGCAGAAGUGGGGUGGAAAGAGGGAGGUGAUGUACACAGCAUUCAAGGCACUGGGACAGUCGGUGGACUACAUACAGGUGUGUGACUCUGACACCAAGCUAGACCCCCUGGCGACGGUGGAGCUGUGUAAGGUUCUGGAGAGCAACCAGAAGUACGGGGCGGUGGGAGGAGACGUGAUGAUCCUCAACCUCAAGGAAUCCUACAUCAGCUUCAUGAGCAGCCUGCGCUACUGGAUGGCGUUUAACAUCGAGAGGUCCUGCCAGUCCUUCUUCAACUGUGUCUCCUGCAUCAGCGGCCCCCUGGGUCUGUACAGGAAUGACCUCCUCCAGCAGUUCUUAGAGUCCUGGUACAACCAGAAGUUUCUGGGGACUCACUGUACAUUUGGGGAUGACAGACAUCUCACUAACCGCAUGCUCAGCAUGGGCUAUGCCACCAAAUACACGGCCCGCUCCAAGUGUUACACGGAGACGCCAGGCCAGUUCCUCCGUUGGCUCAACCAGCAGACGCGCUGGACCAAAUCUUACUUCCGCGAGUGGCUCUACAACGCCAUGUGGUGGCACAAGCACCACCUGUGGAUGACCUACGAGUCCAUCGUCUCUGGUGUCUUCCCCUUCUUUGUCACGGCCACCAUCAUCCAGCUGUUCUGGACAGGCACCCUGUGGGACAUCCUCUGGGUCCUCUGCUGCAUCCAGCUCAUCGGCCUGAUAAAAGCAGCCUAUGCCUGCAUCCUGCGCCGUGACCUGGUCAUGGUGUUCAUGUCUCUCUACUCUGCCCUCUACAUGACCAGCCUGCUGCCCGCCAAGUACUUUGCCAUCAUCACCAUGAACAAGAGCAGCUGGGGCACGUCGGGCCGCCGCAAGAUGGUUGGGAACUACAUCCCCCUGCUGCCUCUGUCGGUGUGGGCGGCCAUCUUGCUGGGCGGGUCCUGCUACACCAUCUACAAGGAGAGCCAGAAGGGCUGGUUCACGCCGGCUAAGGUCCUAGAGACCAGGUUUCUGAUCUACGGCUGUGUGGUGUACGUCUGCUACUGGUUCCUCAUGAUCUUCCUCUACUGGGUGUGGUUCCGCAGGCUGUGUAGGAAACGCUCCCAAAGUUAUGACGUAAGCGUAUAGGGAUAGUUUUCUAUACAAGGGGAAAAAACUGGAUAUUUAGUAUUUAUUUAGUAUUUUGUACAUCAAAGAUUUUUCAUUUAUUUAUUUCAUCUUGCAGUACAGUAGCUGUUUGUGAACAUAUAAACUUUAAACAGCUGCUAAAUCAACUGAACCAGAGAAUAUGUAAAUGUAUAUAAUGUACUGUACAGUAUAUGAGAACAAUUACCUAGACCCUGGGAAGCUUUAUCCAGAAUAGUGUCAAAGAUGAGAAUAUAUCGGUGAUAACUACAGUUUGCCGUGCUACUGAAGAUGGAGAAAGGAGUUGUUAGUUGUUAAGAGAGUGAAUAUUUGACAUUCAGUUGUCUUUACACAUACUUUAUAACAGAAACUGUAUAUGGAAGUAAUAUAGUACACCUCUCAGGAGUCCUCUCAGCAGUUGAUGACAAGACUAAUAAUCUGUUCUAGAUGGCCCUUGAUUUGCUGUUGCUUAUUUCUACUGACUUCCUAAUGAACCAAGUGUUACAUUGAUUUAAUAUAAGGAUUUGUAAUCUCUCUUGAGCACAACAUGAUUGAACUGUUAUUAGAUCACGCUGUAUAUGACUUGACAUGUGCCUUACACAACAAAAUACCAUAUCAGACAUUGUAGCUUUUCUUUGUUUUUAAAUAUACUUCUCUCAAUAAUGCACUGGAAAUUGGUCUGGAUUUUAAUCACAGCUUUUUUGAAAAACAUUACCUUGGAAGCAAACUAGCAAAAUGUCUUGUGGUUGGUUCUAAGUGAAGCUAUUUAUUUCAGUGUAAAUAAUAGUGACAGACUCCGCAGUAAGACAAUCAUACAUGUGAUGUCCACUCCCAGGGAUGCGUUGUGAAGCCCUGUGAGAUAGACGGACAAUGGUUCUGCUGUCAUGUUGAGUAUAGACAUGAGAGAUGCACCUGGCUCAGUUUGAACUGAACUGACUGAGCACAUCGGUAUAGAUUGUUUAUGCACAUUUUUCAUUGUAUGUGAUGAUUUCCUUUAUCAUAUUAUUUUGCAAAUGUGAAUGAAUGUAUGUAUGUUUUGGGAAUUUGAUAAAAAUGAAGUAUUUUGUGAGGAAAAUGAAGUACCGUAGCCUACUGUUGAUUUGUUGAGGAGGGAUUGUUUUGGUUACCACACCCAUCUCUCAAUGAUCCUAUCAAUCUAGGAUUUUGAAAUCAGUGUCUUGGUGGUCGCUUCAUCUGACUCCACUAUUAAUGCUAACUAUACCCCUGAUUUCCCUGACAGUUGAUAGGGAAGAGUAAUUCCAAACAUUUCUAUAACCCAUAAUCUACCAUUUAUUCCUUUACUGUAGCCCCUAAUACUGGCCCCUAGCUUGCAAUGGAACGUCUGCAUGA